AUGCCCGUUGACCAACCUGAGGGUUCUUUCGUCAACACAUUUAGGAGACGCUCGCGGCGCGGUUGCUUGACAUGCCGGCAACAUCGGCUGAAGUGUGACGAGAACGGACCAAAAUGUGGCAAUUGCAGUCGCCUUGGGAAGCAUUGUAGAUGGGGUCUAAAGGCAUCGUUUCACUCGUCUAGAAUGACAAAAUUAUCUCCUUCCGACUCUGCAAAUCUUUCAGAGAUAGAGUCUGUAAGAAAGCCACCAAAUGACUUUCAAUUUGUUGACGAGACGAAAGAGAUCGAGGGAGAGUACGACAGACAUGAUGAUGAUGAAACCUUGCAGCUGCAUAAAUCGAGUCAAGGUAAUGCAGAUGAUAUCAUACUUUUAGAUGCUCAUAGCCAUUGCAAAGAAAACGCAAGUGAUCGCUUCACGAUAAGCCCAGGUACCCAAACUCCGCAGCUUAGUAGCUUCACUAUGAAUGGAGAUUCACAAAAAAAUCCAGAGAUGACAAUUGGCACCUCUCAAUCAUUACUUAACCUUGGAGAUAUCCAACAUCUGAGCUCUCAAUCGCCACCUACGAAUAAUUUCCUCACUUAUGGUAAUUAUUUAGCGAGUAACAACACGUCGCUUGUACGUGUGUCGCCUGAUAUAGGUUAUCAUAGAAGUUCUUCAAACACUUCAUCUCCAUCUCAGGAAGUGGUAGCCUGGCCUAUUAAUAAUCACAUAAAGGCAGGCUUGUUGUCAUUAUACUUUCGAGAAACCUCAAAGUGGUGCGAGGUGACCAAUUCUUUAAAACCUUUUUCUACAUUGUACGGCCACUUUGUGAUAGAAUCACAAGCAUUUGCGGCGGCUGCAGUAGCACUUGCCUCUAUACAAAGUCUCAAAUGGAACAGUAAUUCUAUUUUACUUGCUAAAGAGCUUUAUAAGUUUGCUCGCGAAACACUUCAACGUCUCAAAUCAGAUCAUCACGAAGGAGCUCUUCUUGGAACAACAAUUCUCUGCAUUUAUUGGUCAGCUUCGGAGCAGCCUAUCGAGGAGAGUUCCAUACUACACGAAUGCUCACAUCUUUUACAGACAACUAUCGGUAGCAAGAUUUCGGAUGGCAUAUUAUCAGCAUGUUUUUGGACUUUCGCUAGACAAGAUAUCUGGAUUGCAUAUGCGAGUAGAAGAUCAACCUUGAUUCCUCUCGACAAAUGGAGAGUAGCACAUGAUGAAGCGCUUUAUGGACUUAAUCAAGAUACUUACAGUAACCGAGCCAUUUUCAUUACAGCAAAAAUCGUCAAUGAGCUAUCGAGAGACCCCGUUGCUCUGAACGAGGCCAACCUGCGCAGUCUUUGGGCAGAAUUACAAACCUGGGUGGUUGAAAGACCACAAAACGUUCGAUGCAUCAUUGAAGUUGAAGCUUCAGGGGACUCUCCUUUCCCAAUUAUUCUUUUUAGUAAUACAGCAGCUGCUUGCGGAAACAUGUACUACCAUGUUGCAUCCAUUUUACUCCUUGCAUCGGGAAAAAUAUCUAGCGAAUUUUCUGCCCUAGUAUCACCCGCCUGCCAUGCUCGCCGUACUGUAGGAAUCUCAAUCACAAACAAUGAGCAUGCGACUUUAGUCAAUAGUAUUCAUCUCAUUUGUAUUGCUGCAAAACAGAUACCGAGUAGUAUUGAAAAGAUAGCCGUUUUAAACCAUCUUAAAAAGAUCGAAGAUGAGACUGGAUGGAAAACUAGGAGUUGUAUUCUCGAUUUAGAACAUCUAUGGGGCCUGUAG